CCCUCUUGCGCCUUGGGCAGAAGCAUGCGCUGGUGUUUGUUCCUGAUCUGGGCUCACAGCCUGAGGCAGGCUGCCCGUCUCACCUCAGAGUCUGUGGAAGGUACAAUAGUAACACAGGGGAACAUCCUGGCAAAGGAAGGUGGCUCUGUCGUCUUACAGUGUUACUUCUCCUCCACGACGGCUAAUGUGACCCAGGUCAACUGGGAGCAACAAGACCAGCUCUUGGCCAUUUAUCACCCUGACUUUGGGUGGUACAUCAACCCAGUCUGCAGCGGGCGGGUGUCCCCAGGCCCCAGUGCAGGCCUCACCUUCCACUCACUGACUAUGAACGACACAGGGGAGUACUUCUGCAUCUACCACACCUACCCGGAUGGGAUUUACAGGGGGAGAAUCUUCCUGGAGGUCCGAGGAAGCUCAGUGGGUGAGACCAGCACCUGGUUCCAGAUUCUAUUGCUUGGAGCUGUGGCCGCAGCGGUGGGGAUUAUCUGUGCAACAGCCUUCGGGCUGGUCGCACUGGCCAGAAAGAAGAAAUUGCUCAGAAUCCAUUCUGUGGAAAGCAGCCUCAGAGGGAUGCCUGCUGAACAGCAGGAAGGGAGCCCCAGCCUUCCCUCAUGCCCUGGAAGCUGUGUCCAGGCAGAAGCUGCCCCUGCUGGCCUCUGCGGAGAACAGAAGGGAGACGACUAUGCAGAGCUGCAUGAAUACUUUAAUGUCCUCAGUUAUAGAAGCCUGGGGAGUUUCGGCUUCCCUGGGGAGACUGGUUAGCAAUCAGAAGCAUCUUCUGGAGACACACGCCUGUCUUUGUGUUGUAGAUGAAAGUAAGCAUCUGUCUUCUCCAUCCGCGCUGUGUGUGUGCUAAGAGAAUGAAUAGCAACUCUUUUCCACCUUCAUUCCCUCUACCCUUGCUUUCCAUUCCCUCACGGCAGACCCGAGGUGAAUGGCUUGAGCCUCAAGCACGAAUACAAACUCUAAACAAGAACAAAGACAAACUUGACCUGACUUUUUAAAUCUGGCAGUUUGAGCAGAUCCUGUAACUCCAAGAAACACAUUCCUUCUAGUAGGAACCAUUCCUUCUAGGAUGACUGAAGUGUAGUCACUUAGAAAUGUGCAGUACAAAUGUGAGAGCCAAAGGGAUUGGUGUGUCUGGGCUGGCAGGAGGAGAAGCUUGUGCAGGAAACUUGUAAGAGUUCCUACUUGCAAGGGAGCCACAUCUCCUUUUCCUGUAAUGUGCUCAGAGCCCAUCAGUGAUGGCCAAUACAGGGGCUUUUAGGCUCUUCCAGGCACUUGUGGGAUGCCCCCAGGCAAUGCUUGUCCAUUGAGGGAGCCAAGUCCUAGCCCCUGGGCCAAUGUCUUUUAGCCAGUGGUUGAAAACAGAAUCCAGAGAAGCCUAGAUUUUUAAAACAGGGACUCUUGCUAAAGAGGAAAGAAAAGUGUGAAGUGUGUGUGUGUGUGUGUGUGUGUGUG